CAUGUAUAAUAACAGCACCGUCAGCCCGAAGCACGUAGCAUUAUUGAGCUCGCCGCCACGCUGUUGCUUACCAUGAAGUCUAUACUAUAGGGGUGGAUUGAGAACCAGUGAUAUAGCGAAGUUAAACGGUGAAGUACAAUAUGAUGAGAUUAAGCGGUCGACAAACUGUAAUUGUGUUUACAACUGCUGGAAUUUGGUUGGUGGUAUUUUGGUUGCAAGGAUUGCUUCAGAGUAAUACAAAUUUGAAAAUACGAGGACCAAACAGACAGUUGAAAACCGAACACAAAGCUUGUCCACCAAAUAAAUACAAAGAAUUGUUAGCUGGUAUGCUGCAACAUUGGGAUAAAUUGGCACAGUUGCAUAAUAUUUCUUACGUUAUUGGUCUUGGCUCGUUGCUGGGUCAGUACAGAAAUGGUGAUAUAAUUCAAUGGGAUGAUGACAUUGAUGUUUUAGUGGACAUUGUACAGUACCGGAAACUACGAACACUUGCAGAAGAGAGGAAUUUCGUGCAGGGUCAAGAUUUAAAGUUUCGUACGGUGGUGCAGCCUGAUUUUGAGCAAAGGGAGGAGAAAAAACGCCGUCGUAUCACAUGUUAUGGAAAGGUAAGUGGUUGCCACUGACUGAGUUACUGAAUCGAACAGGGAUUUCUUUUAAUAUUCAAUUAAAAUGUUCUAUACAAACUAUUAUAGUUACCUAGUUUAAGUUUAAGUUUAAUUAAAUUACAAAUCCGAGGCUAAAGUACAUGCAUCCUAAUCAUACUCGCAACAUGACAUGAUAAAAUUAAACUAUAAAUACUACAAAUAUACGAUAUCAGGCAAAUAUACGUUAUCUUUAUAUCACGACAUAUAAGGUAGCCUAGACGGCCUGUGGAACUCGACUCAACAAAAAUUGCAACGCCUAUAAUGUCACUCAAAAUGUCAUCACUUAAAUAUUACUAUUAGUAUUAAUUAAGGCUCAGUUUCACGAUAGCGGAUUCGUAGGGCGCUUUUUCUCGGCGAAAUGCGAAAUAUUUCGCCUGUUUCGUUUGAAUUGCGACUACUCGAAUAAAUUAUUUCUACUUGAUUGCUCACAAUUCAAAAGAAACAGGCGAAAUAUUUCGCAUUUCGCCGAGAAAAAGUGCCCGUGGAAUCAGGCCUUUUAAUAACUGAACUCAACCGACUAUAUUUUCAACACAAAGGGCAUUAAAGUUACUUCAAACAUAAUAAAGGCCGUUUUCCACUAGGCGGAAUUUUGCGCGCGUAGCGGAAUUUCUCUUUGUCUUUUCUAAUUACUUCCACCCAAGAAAUCACAAGACAAAGAAAAAUUUCGCUCCGCGCGGAAAAUGGCCUUUACAACUUUUCAUAUUUGAAGUUUUUGACUAAUUCUGUUAUAUUAUCACAAUUUUGAGUACUAAACUCCUCUUGAAACGAUCGGCCUCCGAUGAGAAUCCGGUCACGUGUGACUGGGGCUUAAAUGUGAAUUGCUUAUUGAGACCAGUAGGCAUUGUCUGAAACUGAACUCAACCGACUAUAUUUUCAACACAAAGGGCAUUAAAGUUACUUCAAACAUACUAUAUUCAGUUUGUUUUAGGCCGGCAACAAAAUGCGGUUUGAUUUAAACGAGGUCGUCGAGCUGCUAGAACUUACAAUUGGUAGUUAAGAAUGUUAAAAUUUGAUUAUUGAAAAAUAAGAAUGUUCUAAAAAUUUGUCUGAGCUUUUGUCGUCUAGAAUGUUCUAAAAAUUUGUCUGAGCUUUUGUCGUCUUAGACGACAAAAGCUCAGACAAAUUUUUACUAAACAUUCUUAUUUUUCAAUAAUCAAAACAGUUUAACAUUCUUAACUACCAAUUGUAACUCGUUUAAAUCAAACCGCAUUUUUUUAAAGGCAUUUUGCUUCAGACUCUACGACAUCAUCAAGAGACUGUAUGAAUUUACAGUCUCUGAUGUCUCUCGAUCAUGAUAUCUCAGACGAUCAUCGAUGAAAGUUCAGAUCAAUUCUUAGAACAGUGAUAUACUCAAUGGGUUUUUUUAGCAGUACAUGCAACGGAUUGUAGUGAACGCGGGUUAAAACGUUGAUUUUGUCUUUCAUAUCGUUUCAGGAGGUAUAUUUUCAAGUGGAUAGAUGUUCAUUUAUCAGUCCAAUGGCUCGUGUAAUUUCUGGCUUGAGAGGUUUAGACAUUUUUCCAUACGUUGUUAACCGAACUAGCGGGAGAAUUUACGAUGUCGAAAUGAAAAAAUACUACAACAUUUCGCAUUUCUUUCCGUUUCAAAAAUGUGUUUUCACGGGCAUUCAAACGUGGUGCCCUCGAAAAAUUCGGGACGUUUUGGAAUCAGCUUACGCAGACUUAAGACCGGAAUAUAUAUGUGAAAAUGGACGGUGGGUAAUUAGGAAGCUGGACAAAUCAGAAAACAUUGUUUCCACUGGCUUGAGACACUGGAUAGUGAACUUUUUUCCGCCUUGGAAAUAAUUUUCAAGGGAACCUGACCGAAGAUCCAUCUGAAAGAUGAAGUCUUAAAAACUAUGACCCAUGCACUUGUAACGCUCAGUCUAGUGCAUUGAGAGUUUUAAUGACGAUUUUUUUCAUUAGAUUGACGGUUUUUUAAUUGUAUUCUUGUCGUUCAGCGAGUGUACUGAAAGCUUGUUGUAAUUUUUUCAUAAUUUGCUUUUGCAAUGGUUGUAAUCUCGUAGGAAUUGUGCGUGUGUCAGUUAUAAAAUAGACUAAAAUACUAAAUUAUAAAAUAGACUAUUAUUUUAUGCUAUAUUUUAUUUAUUUUUUCAAAAACAGGCUAUGUUUAUAAAAUAAUUAUAAAACAGUUCAGUAAAAUCAAUAAAAUAGACUAUGUAUUGUCAUUGUAUUUGGUGGCAAAUAUACGAGAUGG